AUGCCCACAUUGGAAAAGUUGGAUGGCGUUUUUAUGCCAGGGUAUUACCAUCUGAUGACAGGUGCUUGCGUCGGAGACAAAAUGAAAGAAAUAGGAGUAAUUGUCGUUUGUUUCGUAAUCACAAUCAUUACUCCUGUGAAUGGAGGAACAAGCGUGUGCGGAACGAGAAGAUACGAAACUGAUUUGAGCAGAUGUUGUAACGGAACAGUUGCAAGUAAAUCAGACGGUAAUAGUUGCUGCGGAACAAAAGCAUAUGACUCCAGAUUAAGUCUGUGCUGCAAUGGAAAAACGGCAAAUAAAGCAGACGGAACAAGAUGCUGCGAUACUAAAGCAUAUAAUCCCAAUUUGAGCUUAUGUUGCAACGGAAAUAGAGUCAAUAAAAGAGACGGAACAAGAUGUUGUGGUACGAAAGCCUAUCAUCCCACUAUAAGUUUGUGUUGCAAUGAUAACGUUGUAAGCAAACGUGACGGUACGACAUGCUGUGGGACGAAAGCUUAUGACCGAGGUACGAAAUUAUGUUGCAAUGGAAAAGUAGCGAGUAAAGCUGAUGGAACAACUUGCUGUGGUACAAAAGCAUACAAUCCAACAUUGAGCCUUUGUUGCAAUGGGAACACAGCUAGCAAAAGAGAUGGUACAAAAUGCUGUGGUACCAAAGCAUACGACCCAAAUUUGAGCAGGUGUUGUGAUGGAGAAAGGGCGAGAAAAUCAGACGGGACUAGUUGUUGUGGUACGAAAGCAUAUUACCCAAAUCUUAGUCUGUGUUGCAAUGGAAAGGCAGUAAGCAAACGUGAGGGGACGAAAUGCUGUGGCACAAAGGCAUACAAUCCAAAUUUGAGUAUGUGUUGUAAUGAAAAAAAAGUAAGCAAGGCAGAUGGGUCUCGUUGUUGUGGAACAAAAGCAUAUUUUUCUGAUUUGAGUCUCUGUUGCAAUGGAAACACACCAAGUAAAAGAGACGGUACGAAAUGCUGUGACACGAAGGCAUACCACCCUAAUUUGAGUAUGUGUUGUAAUGGGAAAAAAGUAAGCAAGUCAGAUGGGUCAAGCUGUUGUGGCACGAAAGCAUAUUUUUCUUAUUUGAGUCUCUGUUGCAAUGGAAACACACCAAGUAAAAGAGACGGUACGAAAUGUUGUGGAACGCAGGCAUAUUUUCAAAAUUUAAGCCUAUGUUGCAAUGGAAAGGUUGUAAGCAAAAGUAAAGGAACCCGAUGCUGCGGCACGAAAGCAUACGACCAGAACUUGAGCCUGUGUUGUAAUGAAUCCGUGGCUCGGAAAGCUGAUGGUACGAGAUGUUGUGGUACGAAAGCCUACGAUCCUAGGAUAAAGAUGUGCUGUAACGGUCAAAUCUGUUGAAAACUAGAACAUUUCUUUCCAUUUUUGCCGAGGAAUAAGAAAAAAAAGCAUUAUUUUAUUUUCAUUAAAUCUAUUUCUACUUUCAACUUUUUCACUUUUGAUUAUUUCGGAAACAUGUUGUUAUUUCUAUACAAUUACGUGCAUAUAUAAUUAAAAUUAAAAUAUUAUUCAACAGGUAAAACCAAAUGUAAAAUAAAAUGAAGUUCAUCUCAUAUUGGUGUUCUAUUUUACAUGUUUAAAAAAACCUUACAAAUCCAGUAUAAUAAUACAAUACAAUGCAAUGCAGUGCAAUACAACACAAUACAAGUCAUGCGUGACAGAUUCAGUCUCCG